AUGUCUGGCAGAGAGACUAUUGAGCGAUGCUUGCGAGAUUCAUCUGUACGCUCAGCUAUUGAGAAUGUUGGAUGCUCGAUUGAAAUCAAGGAGGUUGUAGACGUUGUCGGAGCACCGCCAACCAAAUAUGUUGUCAAAAUGCUGAGACCAGAGGGGUCCAGUGGGCUUGCAACCAGAGCCAACCAAGUACUCUCAGGAUCUAAGAGAACUAUAAAGAAGAUUGAGAUACAAGCAGAUGAGCAUGGAAAUGUCCCACUGAAUGAAACUUGGCAGACAUUUCUUGACGGAUUCCUCCCAGCAAUGAACUCAAGAGAGGUUCGCCAAAUGGACGAAAAGAUUAGGAAAAAGAAACUCGCACAAGAAAAGGCAGAAAGGGAACAGAGAGAAAGAGAUCAGGCAGGUCCAUCAUCAAGCCGCCAUUCAGCUCGUUGA